AUGUAUCGUCCGGGGUCUUUCCGCAACAUGCUGGAAAGCAUUCUGCAAACAUCUGACGAGCGAUCUCGUGGAGGCGACACUUGCGAACAUAAUCCAUUGAGUCUGGAUUUUGAAGUUGAUCGCGGUUAUAGCCAGAUGUCGCUUCUCAACGACCAGGAACUUGUUGCCCACGACGAUGGGUAUGAUUCGUUCCGGUUUGAGGGACACAAACCGGAUUUCAGUCCGAUGCUGGAAGGCGAAAAUGAGUGGAUGGACCUUGUUGCGUCGGGUCCAGGCAGCGGUGGAGUCGCGAUCGACAACAAGAUCGAACAAGCCAUGGACCUGGUGAAGAGCCAUUUGAUGUUCGCGGUGCGAGAAGAGGUGGAGCUGCUGAAGGAGACCAUAACUGAGUUGAAGGAGCGCAUUUCGGACCUGGAGUACGAGAACGGGAUCCUGCGGGCCCACGCGAACUCGGACACGCUGGCCCUGGUGCAGUCGGCGAAGGCGGCCGCCGUGAUCCGUGCCACCCCGACGGCGGUCAACUCGUCGUCAUCGUCGACGUCUUGUGCGACGACGGUGCCGACGACCACGACGGUGGCGGCGUCGUCGUCGGCAACCUCGUCGACUGCCACGACUUCCACGCCAGUGGCCAUGUCGACGACGGCGACAGUGCUGGCGGACGUGCCGAGCCAGCAGUUGUCGGUGGCGGCCGUCGCGGCGGCGGCUGCUGCUGCACAGGCCGCCGCCGCCAUCUCCCAGUGACUCCUCUUCUCUCUCUCUCCCCCUCUCCCUCUUGGCUUCAACUUCCGUCUCCCUCUCUGUUCGUUCGUUCUUUCGCUUGUUCCUUCCGCUGCGAUUUUGCUUUCAUUUUGGUUUUUGUUCUUUCACCCCGGGGGAAAAAGAACUGUCGGUGCUUGUCCCAUUCCAAACAGGGUUAUUUUCCACUGGAUUGGCAAUGAAUAUCGCUCAACAAUCAAAUUCUGCAGGAACCAUGACAUUUAGUUGAUCUGAACCUUCUCAGAAACUGCAAUAAAAUAUUCAUCUUCUGCUUUGUUGUUGUAAAAGAAGGCAGUACUGUAGUAAUAAAAAUGAAAAUAAUAUUACCCUGUGCGAAUUGGCAACCCAGCACUGAUAACGCCUCAAGAUUGUUUCAAGCCUCUGAAGAAAGAUGAUGCUUUGAACGUGUUGCUUGUGGAAUGGAGACAAAAGAAAAAGAGAAGGUGUUGCGGGCGUAUCCGUCGACGAAUUUUCGACCCCUGUG